AAGAUCAGGCUCACAUGUGUCCAGCUCUGUGUCUCUGAAGAGUGAUCACUCUAAAGGUAGACCACCAGACUUCAGUGAGAAAACACCAUCAUCUAAUAAAAGGCUUCAAUACGAGACAUUAGACUCAGACCGUCAGACUCACAGGAACCACAAGAAUUUCAAAGACAAUCUUCUUGGGAUCUUCCAGGAUCUUGAGAGCAAAAUAGUCACAUUUCUGAAGAAUGAGCUGGAGAAGUUAAAGAAAGUAUUACAACAUGAGAACACACAACACUUUGUGAAGGACUUUAAUGAGAACAGAUCCAGUAUCAAAUCAGCAGCUAUUGAUCUCACACUACAUUACCUGAGAGAGAUGAAGCAAGAUGAAGCUGCUGAUGCUCUAGAAGGUGAGCUGUUCUUCAUUCCUCAGCUGAAAUGUGGCCUAAAGAAGAAAUAUCAAUGUGUGUUUGAAGGACUGGCGAAGCAAGGUGACUCCACACUCCUGAAUAACAUCUACACAGAUCUCUACAUCACUCAGGGUGGCAGUGAACAGGUCAAUACUGAACAUGAGGUGAGACAGAUUGAAGUUGCUUCCAGACGUCAUGAAGCACAAGAGAUACAGGUUAAAUGCACACAUUUGUUUGAAGCGCCUGAACAAGACGAGGAGAUCCGAACUGUACUGACAAAAGGAGUCGCUGGCAUCGGGAAAUCAGUCUCUGUGCAAAAGUUUGUUCUGGACUGGGCUGAAGGAAAAGAAAAUCAAGAUAUCAGCUUCAUAUUUCCUCUUCCAUUCAGAGAGAUGAACUUAAAGGAGAAAGAAAAACUAAGUUUGAUGGACCUUUUAACUCAGUUUUUCCCAGAGACAGAAGGACUGAACCUCACAAGAUGGAAUCAGUUCAAAGUGCUGUUCAUCCUUGAUGGAUUGGACGAAUGUCGCCUUCCUCUGAAGUUUGAUUGUAAUGAGACGUGGCAUGAUGUAUCGUCACCAGCCUCUCUGGAUGUUCUCCUGACGAACCUCAUGAAGGGAAAUCUGCUUCCUUCUGCUCUCGUCUGGAUCACCAGCAGACCAGCAGCUGCCAGUAAGAUUCCUCCUGACUGUAUCGACCGGCUGACAGAGAUACGAGGAUUCAGCGACGCACAAAAGCAAGAGUACUUCAAAAAAAGAUUCAAGGAUGAUAUUCAAGCCAACACAAUCAUAGAUCAUGUUAAACAAUCAAAGAGUCUCUUUAUCAUGUGCCACAUCCCAGUCUUCUGCUGGAUUUCAGCCACUGUUCUCCAGAACAUUCUGGAGGAAAAGAGAAAUAAUGAUGUGAGAAACACUCAGCCUAAUGAGAUCUCUAAAACACUGCAGGAAUCAAACACUGAAGACACUCCCAAGACUCUGACACAAAUGUACACACACUUUCUCCACUUUCAGAUCCAGCAGAGCCGCCGGAAAUAUGAUGAAGAAUACACACCAGAUGUUUCCUGGGAUAAAGACGCCAUCCUUUCACUGGGGAAACUGGCAUUUCAUCAUCUGGAAAGAAACAACCUGAUCUUCUAUGACACAGACCUGGAAGCCUGUGGUCUUGACGUCUAUAAGGCAUCAGUGUACUCAGGCAUAUGUACCCAGAUCUUUAAGGAGGAAACAGGGAUCGUUCUUGGUACCAUGUACUGCUUUGUUCACUUGAGCAUUCAAGAGUUUAUUGCAGCCCUUUAUGCACAUCUGUUUCUAGACAUCAACAAGACAAGUGUGUUUGAUCAUGAGUCUACAGAACAGGAAAACAGAAAUGAAACCAUGAUUGAUUUUCUCAAGACUGCAGUGGACAAGGCACUGGAGAGUGACAAUGGACACCUGGACCUUUUCCUUCGCUUCCUCCUCGGCCUGUCACUCCAGUCCAAUCGACGACUCUUUCGAGGUCUGUUGACACAGCGAGACGGCACUGACCGGAGCAACGAGGGGAUAGUUCGACGACUCUUACGAGGUCUGUUGACACAGCGAGACAACACUGACCAGAGCAACAAGGAAAUAGUUCAGUACAUCAAGCAGAAAUUAGAAGAUAAUCUUCCUGCAGAGAGAUCCAUCAAUCUGUUCUACUGUCUGAAUGAACUGAACGACCAAACUCUGGUGAACGAGAUUCAGACCCACCUUAGCAAAGGAAGUCUCUCAUCUGGUGACCUUUCACCUGCCCAGUGGUCUGCUUUAGCCUUUGUGUUGUUGACAUCAGAGGAAGAGCUGGAGGAGUUUGAGCUUCAGAAAUUCAAGAAAUCAGACGAAUGUCUCAUUAGAUUAUCGGCAGUCAUCAAAACCUCCAAAAGAGCCCUGUUAAAUGAUUGUAACUUAACAGACAAAAGCUGUUUAGCUCUGGCUGCAGUUCUUGGAUCAGACACCAAUCUGAAAGAGCUGAACAUGAACAAUAAUGAUCUGCAGGAUUCAGGAGUGAAGCUGCUCUGCUCUGGACUGAAGAAUAUAAAGUGCAAAUUGGAGAUACUGAGACUCUCAUACUGCAGUGUGACAGAAGAAGGUUAUACAGCUCUGGCUUCAGCUCUGAGAUCAAACCCUUCACACCUGAUAGAGCUGGAUCUCAUAGGAAAUGAUCCUGGAGAAUCAGGAGUGAAGCAGCUCAAUGAUUUACUACAGGAUCCAGACUGUCAACUGAAGACACUGAGGUUUUUGAGUCCUGCUGCAGAGGAAGCCUGUCAGUAUGUGAAUAGAGUUGUGGGUGAAAACCCGUUACUCCAGAGAAAGCUGAAUCUGAAUGGACAUAAACUUGGAGACACACAAGUGAAUCAGAUCUCUGCUCUACUGCAGGAUAAACACUGUCAACUCAACACACUGACGUUAAGCUGGUGUGAUAUGACAGAUGAAGGUUGUUCUGAUGUGAUUUCAGCUCUGAAAUCAAACCCGUCACACCUGAGAGAGCUGAACCUGAGCGGGAAUAAACUAAGAGACUCUGGAGUGAAAAACCUCAGUGAUCUACUGAUGAACCCACAAUUCAAGCUGGAGAAACUACAUCUGUAUAGAUGCAGUAUUACAAAGAAACAGAGUCUCAUCCUGAUUUCAGCUCUGAAAUCAAACCCGUCACACCUGAGAGAGCUGGACCUGAGCAUGAGUAAACUAGAAGACUCAGGAGUGAAGCACUUAUGUGCCGUACUGAAGGAUUCACACUGUAAACUGGAGAGAUUGAGGUUAAGCUGCUGUGAUAUGACAGAUGAAGGUUGUUCUGAUGUGACUUCAGCUCUAAAAUCAAACGCGUCACACCUGAGAGAGCUGGACCUGAACGGGAAUAAUCUAGGAAACACAGGAGUGAAGCACUUAUGUGCCGUACUGAAGGAUUCACACUGUAAACUGGAGAGAUUGAGGUUAAGCUGCUGUUAUAUGACAGAUGAAGGUUGUUCUGAUGUGACUUCAGCUCUGAAAUCAAACCCGUCAAACCUGAGAGAGCUGGACCUGAGCGGGAAUAAACUAGGAGACUCAGGAGUGAAAAACCUCAGUGAUCUACUGAUGAACCCACAAUUCAAGCUGGAGAAACUACAUCUGAGUGUAUGCAGUAUUACAGAGAAACAGAGUCUCAUCCUGACUUCAGCUCUGAAAUCAAACCCGUCACACCUGAGAGAGCUGAACCUGACCGGGAAUAAUCUAGGAAACACAGGAGUGAAGCACUUAUGUGCCGUACUGAAGGAUUCACACUGUAAACUGGAGAGAUUGAGUCUACAGUGCUGUGGCAUUACAGAUGUUUCUUCUUUAACUCAGUCUUUGACUAACUCAAAAGCACUGCAGUUUUUAAAAGAGCUUGAUCUGAGUGACAAUAAGAUAGGAGACUCAAAGCGGCGGCUCAGAGACGAGCUACGAGACUCAAACUGUGUCCUGAGUGUACAUUAAGAUCGAUCACCAAACGUCAGUGGAUUUCCAUCAUGGUUUAAAUCUGUGAAACGGAGAUGAGAGGAGCAGAAACCAUCAGGUGAUCCACAGAAGAGUCUCACUGCUGUCUAUGAGGAGAAAUACAUGUGUAAAUGUGUUUCAUACAGGUGGAAGAGACUCAGACUUCACUAUUAAAUAAAGCAGCGUGUGUGUUAGCAUGCAUAUUAGAAACAUGUGAUAUUGAAUGAUUAAUGUUGGUUUAUUAUAUUCAGACAAAUGAUGGUUUAGUUGUAAUUAAAGGUGGAACAGAGGAAGAAGCUCAGAUGAGUGUCAGCAGAAAUCUUCACUAUCAGGCCUGCAAAUAUAAUAA